AGGCAGUUCUCACCACCACCCCCGCUGCUCUCAACACCCAAGUCAAACUCUGCCUCCGAGGCAGCCCUUUCCCUGCCAGGGUUCCCAGGGUCAAACGCUGCCUCUGGAGCUCCAUCUUCGUCCACUGCAGAGGGUUUUGGGGCAGCUUUAGUUGGAAGUCUGUGUGUUGGGCCCGCGGUAGAAAGUGGCAGGUGCAGGGUGCGGGAGCAGAUGCAGGGACUACCCCAGCUCAGCAGCAAGGAGCUGCAGGAAACUACGGUAGAGAGUCACCGCGGCCACUGCGGUGUAUAGUACGGUAACCAUGGUGCUCCGCGUGGGCGAAGGCAUGUGCGCCCUCAGUUGCCACCUCUACACCAGGCCCCCGAACACCAGGAAAAGAUGCUAGAGCCCACUUCAGCCGUCCCUUACUCUCUUACCCACGCCUCUUACUCUCCCCACCCCGAAAGCUCCCUCCUCGAAAUCUCUCCAUCCACCCCCCAACUGCACCCUGCCAACACGCGCGCGCGCGCGCACACACACACACACGAACACACACAAUUCCCCGGAGCCUGGGACCGUGGUGCGGGGAGGUGGGAGGGGAAGAAGUCUCUAAGAGCAGAGAGAUAGAAGGAGGGGGAGAGCCUGAAGGACAGUCAGGCGGGGGGCACGUCCUGAGCUGGCGAGGGGGCGGAGAUCACCUGGUGGGAUAGCUGCCUAUCCAAGCCGGGGACUCGAGCCCGGGUGGGGAACACCGCGGAGGAGUGGAGGGCAGGGGCCAAGGUUGGGGGCGGGACCAGGCGGGGCUGCAGCCUCCGCAGAAUCGGCUGGAGCAGGUGGAGCAGUGUCGGGAGCCCGCCUGGCCGAGCUGGGGGAGGCGGCGGCUGGGCUAGGGCCAUGGAGCUGCUGAAGCUGAACCGGAGCAUGCCAGGAUCCGGACCCGGGCCAGGAGCUUCCCUGUGCCGCCCAGCGCCUCCCCUCCUCAACAGCAGCGGUACCGGCAACCUCAGCUGCGAGCUGCCUCGCGGCCGUGGAAACGGGACACGAGAAUUGGAGCUUGCCAUUAGGGUCACCCUUUAUGCAGCCAUCUUCCUGAUGAGUGUUGGAGGAAAUGUGCUCAUCAUUGUGGUCCUGGGACUGAGCCGCCACCUGAGGACCGUCACCAACACCUUCCUGCUCUCACUGGCGGUCAGCGAUCUCCUACUGGCAGUGGCCUGCAUGCCCUUCACCCUCCUGCCCAAUCUCAUGGGCACAUUCAUCUUUGGCACAGUCGUCUGCAAGGCGGUUGCCUACCUCAUGGGGGUGUCUGUGAGUGUGUCCACGCUGAGCCUGGUGGCCAUCGCAUUGGAACGGUACAGCGCCAUCUGCCGACCACUGCAGGCACGCGUGUGGCAGACGCGCUCCCACGCUGCUCGUGUGAUUGUAGCCACGUGGAUGCUGUCCGGACUGCUCAUGGUGCCCUACCCGGUGUACACCGUUGUGCAGCCCGUGGGGCCCCGGGCGCUGCAAUGCAUGCAUCGCUGGCCCAGUGCAAGGGUUCGCCAAACCUGGUCGGUGCUGCUGCUCCUGCUCUUGUUCUUCAUCCCGGGCGUGGUUAUGGCCGUGGCCUACGGGCUUAUUUCCCGCGAGCUCUACUUAGGGCUUCGUUUUGAUGGUGAAAGUGACAGCGAGAGCCAGAGCCAAGUCCGAAGCCAAGGAGGGCUGCCGGGUGUGGCAGGACCUGGUGCUGCGCUACCGAACGGGCGUUGCCGGACUGACACCCGGCUGGCUGGUGAGGACGGUGAUGGCUGUUACGUGCAGCUUCCGCGCUCCCGGCCUGCACUGGAGCUGUCUGCGCUGACUGCACCCACUGCCGGGCCAGGUUCCGGCCACCGGCCCACCCAAGCCAAGCUUUUGGCGAAGAAGCGUGUGGUGCGAAUGUUGCUGGUGAUCGUUGUGCUUUUUUUCAUGUGUUGGUUGCCAGUGUACAGCGCAAAUACGUGGCGGGCCUUCGACGACCCUGGAGCGCGUCGAGCACUUUCAGGUGCUCCCAUUUCUUUCAUCCAUUUGCUGAGCUAUGCCUCGGCUUGUGUCAACCCCCUGGUCUACUGCUUCAUGCACCGCCGCUUUCGCCAGGCCUGUCUCGACACAUGUGCCCGCUGCUGCCCUCGGCCUCCACGAGCUCGCCCCAGGCCUCUUCCAGAGGAGGACCCUCCCACCCCCUCCAUUGCUUCACUGUCCCGGCUGAGCUACACCACUGUCAGCACCCUGGGGCCUGGCUGAGGGGUGGAGGUCAAGCGGGGGGUUAAGGCAGGGCAGACCUACUUUUACAAUCACCGACCCACCCGGACACACAAGAGACACAGACCAACAGACCAAAUGACACAAAAGACAGACACCCAAUGGCAUGGCCUAAUCCCAGUGCACAGGGAAAUCUGGCUUAUCAACACAAAGUAAACAAGCCAGACCCCCACACAGAAAAGGAGGCACACUUGAUGACCCAGACACAGCAUCACGAGUUGUGGACUGUCCUUCCACCGUGGGACCCCUAUGACAAGGGAGACCUGCCUCUUACACACAUAUAGUAAUGACAAGGAUUCACUUAGGGAUGUGGAGCCUGCCACUGGGCUGAUUCCUGAGAUGCUCCAGGCUCUGCUGAGUUUGACUUCACAGUACCCUUCCCCCAGUCAGUCCUGGGAACACCAACCUAAUCUCACAGCUCCCUGACCAAUAGGCUGUUUUGAACUAAAAAGCCCCUUUAUUACUUUCCAGUUAAAUACUAUGUCCCUGCCCACUGCUCCCCACCUGAUGUCUUCAAGAAAUAAUAAACGACUUGACUUCCUC